AUGCCGGACCCAGACCCAGAUCCUUCGAAAAUAUCUUCUCCUCCAUUGUCAACUAAAAUAGCUCACCUAACAGCGGUGGAUUCCUCUGGAGCUAUGCUAUAUCGUGAUGCAGAGCUCCCUUUCAACAAAGACAUAAACCUCACCCGUGAAGUGCUCGAUGACGAGGAAAGGCUGCCUUACAAAGAGAAUACAUUCGAUGCUGCGCUGAGCUCUCUGAGCAUGCACUGGAUCAAUGAUUUGCCAUCGGUCCUUGCACAAAUCAACCACGUUUUGAAACCCGACAGUCCUUUCAUCGCAGCUAUGUUCGGAGGAGAUACACUAUUCGAAUUACGGACUUCUCUACAGCUUGCCGACCAAGAGAGGAGAGGCGGCGUGUCAACUCAUGUGUCCCCGCUAGCAGAUGUGAAGGAUAUGGGUGGGCUAUUACAGAAAGCCGGGUUCAAAAUGUUAACCGUCGAUGUGGAUGACAUCAUUGUCGACUUUCCCGAUACAUUUACAUUGAUGCGGGAUCUUCAAUCUAUGGGCGAGAGUAAUGCAGUAGCACAGCGGGAGCCUGGCCCCAUCCAAAGGGAUGUGUUGCUUGCGACUGAGGGUAUCUACCGAGCGCUUCAUGGCAAUGAGGAUAGGUCUUUACCUGCCACGUUCAGGAUAAUAUAUAUGAUUGGUUGGAAAGAGGGCGAGAACCAGCCUAAGCCGCUACCGAGGGGCAGCGGGCAGAUUAACCUCAAGGAUAUCCUUGGGGGUGGGGAGUUUAAGUGA